AUGGCAGACAGCAUAGGCAUAGUCAUUGACAGGGCCUGUCAGGAUCCGGAAGGCAAAACUGACGAGGAGUCCUGCAGCCGCUUGAAGCUGCACGUGCGGCACUUUGCAGCCGAUCAGUGCACAUCUGCCCGGAAGUGUGGAAGGUUGUUGGUCACUGGCGGACAGUAUCCUAACCUGGUCUGGGUAAGCCAUGAUCCUGCGCACCAGGUUCGUAUUGCCUACCAGGACCCUCUUCACGCCAUGCCCGAGUUCCAAGACCAGUGGGAGCGUUUGUUUGCUCCCGGCAAGAGCAAGCAUGCGCUUAUCCCGGACAUCCAGAACUCAGAAGUCUGGAAGGCCAGGCUCAUGGCGGCCCAGCAAGAGGUUCUCAGGCUCCAUGGCUCCCAGGCUGGUGUGGAGAAGGUGAUCCGAGCGUUGUCGUUCUCCCAACCUCGGUUUGACUCGUCGAUUCGCUCCCGAGCAGAGCGCGCCUUGCAAAACAUGAAUGCAGCAGCCCUCAUGCGCUGUGGACUCACUUGCGACUACACAUCUGAGUGCCUGGGUUUCUUGAGCAGGAACUUUGACAUUGAGGAUCCAGAUGUAUCCUGCACCCCCAGAGUGCUGGAAGAGUUCACCAAGCGCCAGCGGUUCUUAUUUGUGGAUGGAUACAUCCUCUCCGACAGCUCGCAGGUUACCAGUUCCGUGGACGGCUCCGAGGCUCCAGGCUCCCAGGCUCCCAGGAGGUGUGCAACCCAGUUAGUUUACGAGGAGAUCCAGACACCAGAGCCGAUCUUCUAUGGCAACAGAGUCCACUACCUGUGCACGAAGGCCGGCAUUUCUGAUGUAAGGCAGCUCAUGGGAACUAUGGCGCACGUGGUCGAGGCGAUGCUGGAGCGUUUGCGAGUAGAUCUGACGGAGGAUGAGAUCGCCGUGGCUCUGCAGGUAUUCAACCUUCGGCUGUGGCAGGAGACGAACCGACAACAGGAGCUAGUGGACUCUACACGCAAGCUCUGUGAUAUGCUCAAGCUUUCGCACGGGGAGAUUGCGAAGAGUCGCAAUCUUGCUUCAGAGAAAGUCAAGGCACUCGGGCACCCUGGCCUGUCCGACACCUUUUGGACAUUUGCAAAGACUGUCCAGCUGCUCAAGGUCGAAAAAGUCCAGGAUGGUGAGGAACAGAACUUGAGGUACAACAACACCUUGUACAACAAAGCCUUACACCAGGCUGCCACAGCAGCUGUUGCAGUGCUGCGGGGUCCAUCCGGUCCCGUGGAGAAGGCUGCCCGGAGAUUGGAGCUGGAAUUUGGGCGGGGCAUCUUGAGCAUUCAGUACUCGAAGUUGAGCAAGCUGUUAUCGCUGACCAACAAGCUCGCAUCUGCUACCAGAAACGCUGUAGACCUGACGGCCUGGAUGAUCGACUCCUUGACGCUGGCCCUGCGCAUGAACAUGGUCACGCCAGCUAAAUGCACCGAGAAGUUUCUGGAUCGAGGCCGGAAGACAGGCGAUGCUGGCUUUUGGUUGUCGCGCAUGCUGGUGGUGCAGGUCUUCGAUUAUGCAGCAAAGCUGGCGAACAAGUUGCCUGAGCCGGACAAGGUUAAGCUGACAGGGAUUUUGGCUGAACUCCGUUGCCCUUUCACAUGUUGGGAGAAAUAUCUCUGCCAUGCUGAUGCUGAUCAAGGGGCUGCUGGAGAGGACGACAUGGACGGCGAGGACCCAGAGGACGUGGAGCGCCCUGUUCCGCAGUCCAAGAUUGGAGCUGUUAAAGAGGGUUUCAACAAGGCCAUUGGCAUGCUUUUGGAUUUGCUGCUGGAGCUGAUGUCGGGGAAGUACUACAAGGAUUGCUGCAUGCUGGCUUCGAGUGAAGAUGGCCUUGCAAAGGCAUUGACAGCUGCACAGCUUGGAAGCUCGGAUGACACGGAGCACGAGGAGCCAUGUGCGCUUAUCACUCAGAUGAAGAUCAUUGUCGACAAGUUCGACAACAGCACGAAGUCCGUUGGUGCCACAUCUGCGGCUCCUGCUCCGAGUUUGCUCCAAAGCCUGGCCAAGGCUUCUGAAGCUGACACACCCGAGGAAUGUGUAGAGCGUGAGCGGCAGUGGAAGGCGGUGCAAACGGAACGCCGCAAGUUCGUGUCGUUCUCGGUACCGAACAAGAUCUCGAAGGACUGCCUAGUCAAUGCGCUCAGAGGUUGCGGCAAGGUCUUCACGCACAAGGGCACCUUAAACUCUUCGCACCGCCUGAUCGUUGCCAGUGCGGAUCUCUUGGCAGAGGCUGGUACCGACCCGUGGCUCAAGGGCACUCCGCCAAGCGAGGAAUGGAAAGAGAUCUGUGCCUUUGCCAAAGACAUGUCUGGGCCCGAGGAUUUCGUCGUACUCUUCGACGGCAGAAUGCGGGAAAUUCGCCGCGUGUCCGAAGACCUCCUGCUGAACCAGCAGCACACCGAGGAGUGCACCAUCGUGUACUCAGGUGGGUGCCCGACGAGAACUGGUCGCACUCGCCGCGUUCCGCUGGCUGCAAAGAAGGUGGAGACAGGAGCGGUUAAGUUCCCGGUCGCACGCACCAAGAUUCAGACGACGAAGAAGGGCUCCUUCACAGUCUGCGGCGAGGCUUCUACGUACCAAGGCACUUACUCAGGCGUGGAGUACAGUGCGGUUUCUGAAAUGCCACUCGUGUCUGCAGACACCAAGAAGAAGAUCAUUGCUCCGGCAACAACCGGCGACCUCCCGACACCGCCAGAGGACUGGCAGGAUCGCCACGGCUCCGACGUACCCUUGUUCUGGAACGAGUCUAAGCCGAUAGCAUAUUGGAAUGCCAUCAUUGAGGAGUUUUGCGCGGAGGCAGUGUUUGACCUCACGGCUGGCACCGGUGCUCUGAUGGAGGCUUCUUUGACUGCCGGCAUCGCAUACCACGGGCUUUGCAGCCUCAACAAGGAGCACAUGUCGUGGGUCCAGGCGGUUGCUGAUCGCGCAGCUUGCGGAAUGAUGGCUUUGGAGGGAUCCACUCUUUACUCGGACGAGAAUGCCAAGGCGGUGAAGAAGCAUUUCCCGCACGUUCUGGAGAGCUUGUCCAACCAAGACGACCAGGACGAGGCCUACCAGACGCCUCUGGGGCAAAACCAGUCUCAAGACGGCUUCUCGUCGGAUGCCCCGGGGCGCUUGCGGAAGCAGGCUGUGAAAGACGGCUUGGUCCCCAAGGCUCGAAGGGCCUUCGUCAUCUGGUUCCAGGAAAACUCCGAAGUCAAGAAAGGCGCUCCCAAGCACGAGUUUCUCAAUGAGAUGAAGCAUCUUGGCGCAGUAUGGCAGGGCAUGACCGACAAGCAGAAGGCACCAUUCAUGGCGAGGAGCAAAGAUGAGUUCAUGGCUCAGCGAAGUGCACUGGCCGUUCUUGGCAUCAGUAUGCGGGGCUCCACGACCAGUGCGGGCGGCCCCGACGAGGCGAAGGACCCCCCUGCCGCUGACGAAUCUGGCGGUCGCGUUGGCCCAUUUGAGCUUAAUGCUGCAAGGGCUCCAAUUGGAGGCGGAGCCUAUGGCAGUGUCUACAGUUGCCAGCAUCCGCAAAGCGGCCUUAACGUGGCGGUGGAGGUUUAUCGUGGCUCCGAUGGCCCCGCGGAUUGCAGGCACGAAGUGGAGCAGAUGAAGCUUCUAAUGAAGGCCGUUCCGCAGCAGAAGAUGAUGUGGUUCCCGCCUCUUGUCAGCUCGGGUGUCACGGGCAGACCUUGGCCAUGGAUGGCUACUAGCCUAUGUGGGCCCAGCCUGGCAACCGCACUUCGAAAUCCUGCGGCGCAUGGCAAGCCGAGGACGUGGUCUGUGGCAGCUCAGCUGAGAAGUGCACUGCAGACAUUGCAUGACGCAGGCAUCCUACACUUGGAUGUGAAACCUGGCAAUGUUCUUUGGUGCCCUUGCACAGAUCAGGUGCAGGUGUGCGACUUCGGCAUGAGUGAGAACAUGGCACGGCUCCAGAAGGCUUCUCAGGCUCCCAGGUUCCUGCAGUAUGUCACGGCUGCCUAUCGACCGCCGGAGCUGUGGCCCGCUCGUGUGAAUGGCGAUGGAGACUGCGGUGUCAGAAAGCAGCUGCUGACUGCAGCUGUGGAUAUGUGGGCCUAUGCUUGCGUGGUGUUUGAGGUGGAGACCGGGAAUCCCUUCAUGCCCAGGGGGGAGGCCGGACUGAGAGCGUGGUGCAAGCAGUGGCCCGAGCUGUGGAAAACACGCAGCGACUUAGCCAAUUGCCCCGCUGCAAGUCACACGUGCUGCACAAAGGUGCUUCGAGCCGGUAAAUGGGGGCUGUUUGUGUUGGUCGGCUGUGCUCCAGACCCCGGAAAGCGGCGGGGGCCGGAGCUCUGUCUGAAUCAGAAAUGA